UGCGCAUCCGGUUUAUCUCAGACUUCACGCUCGUCGGUGUUGUUAUGAGGGACGCCCAGUGGAAACACCUUCAGCCUGACCAGAGCUUUCCUGCGCUUAAACCCGACCUCAGCUCCAAAGCAAGCCGUUACCUGCGCUGGAGAUGGACACAUCCACGGAGGCGCAAGCCGGAGAGCGCAGAUGGGAACACUGGAAGCUUCUGUCUAAUCUGAAGACGACCGUUGAAGGGCUGCUGUCCACCAACAACCCUAACGUGUGGUCCCGCUAUGGGGGUCUUCAGCGCCUGCACAAGGACAUGAACAACAUCCUGGGCCACGGCCUCAAGCACGAGCAGAUUUACUGUAAACAAAAAGACUACUGGCGGUUCGUGUGGUGUGUGCGGUAUCUCUGUCCUCAUCUCGCCCGUCACGUAGAACAGUUCAGUCAGCUGGAGCCGGUGUUGAGCAGUGGUGUUCAGUGCUUCGGCGAGGGUUAUAAAGCUGAGCGUUGGCUUCUACACAGCCUCCAAGGUCACAUCUUAUCUGCCCAGCUCAAACCGCUGCUGCAGCAUAAGACAAACACACAGAAAUAUUACAAUGACGGGGCCUUCCUGUUGAGUGAACCACACGUGUCUGCCAUGUUCCAGUGUCUGGAGGCCGUAGAGCAGAAUAACCCUCGGCUGCUGGCUCUCAUAGACACCGGCGGGCUUUCGCAUGUGAAAGAGUCCCCGUUUGGUUUGCUGAAGAGUCAGAGUUUAUGUUUGUUUCCCGGGGCCACGGGAAGUUGGAGGCUUGCGGACAGUUCAGAGUCUCGUCGGCUCACCACGUCCCAGAGCUGCCUUACAGAGCUUCCCAACACACCACUCUCCAAGAGCAGCUCAGAUGUCAAUCCAUCCAGCAGUACUCAGGGAGCUCCAUGGGUUUGUGGUAGAGGAAACCAGGACACAGGAAUCCCCCAGAUCUCCUUCACUGAGCCCACCUCACCCGCUCUGCCCGAGAUCCGGAAUUGUGUGGAAGCGGAUGUGGAUGACGGCCCGGAGUACCUGGCUAUCGGUAAUCUGGGGAAGCACAAACGGCGCAACUCGUCCAGCUCCACUCAGAGCAGUGAACACAUGGGGACUCAGGGCGAUGCCCACACUCCUUCGGCUCCGCCCCCUCCACGCCGCUGCUCCUUCUCAGAGGCUCAGAGAACCACAGGGCGGCACUCGAGGGGCCACAUCCGGUCUCUGUCCGACACGGGCAUCUUGCAGAAGCAGAAAGAUGAGUCUGUUGCAGCUACACCAAUUUCAAAGAGCUGUGGUCCUUUCUCACCCCAGAGCAGCGACAGCAGCACCAACAGUUCCCUUUAUAUGGAAUCUAACGGCACCCAGUACAACAGUGUCCCAGACGGAUUGUUCCGCAGACCGUCCGAGGGUCAGAGUCUGAUCAGCUACCUCUCCGAGCAGGACUUCGGCAGCUGUGCUGAUCUAGAAAAGGAAAACGCCCACUUCAGCAUCUCGGAGUCUCUGAUCGCGGCCAUCGAGCUGAUGAAGUGUAACAUGCGCAGGCCGGUGGAGGAGGCGGAGGAAGAGGGCGACAGCGACUCGGAAAUCCAGCAGCUCAAACAGAAAAUCCGUCUGCGCAGACUGCAGAUACACCGCACGCGGAUGAAGCCACCGGCCUCCACUAAUAACCAAGCCUCAUCCGUGGAUAGUGGCGGCUCACGGAGGAGCUCCCAGGAUUCCUUUCACCCCUCUGACUCCGGCUCGGAUAGAGAUGUGGAGGAUAUCGAGCUCAAAGAUGGCAGUGAUGGUCAGUCCCUGCUGGCGGUGUCUCAGAGCGGCCUGUCCCUGUCACUCGCGUCCCUCUUCUCAGAUGCAGACAUCAAACGCAGUGCGUCCAGCAGCAGGUCCUUCCUCAGGUCUGACUCCUUCUCUCCAUCAAUGCUACAGUCAAACUCCGCAGAGUCAGUGGCGAUGGGUCUCCUCAGACAGUUUGAGGGCAUGCAGCUGCCCGCCGCCUCAGAGCUCGACUGGCUGGUUCCAGAGCAUGACGCCCCUCAAAAACUUCUUCCAAUACCAGAUUCUCUUCCCAUUUCACCUGACGAUGGAGAACACGCAGACAUUUACAAGUUACGCAUCCGAGUGCGAGGGAAUUUGGAGUGGGCUCCUCCCAGACCACAGAUCAUCUUCAACAUCCACCCUCCUCCAAAGAGGAAAGUGGUGGUGGCCAAACAGAACUACCGCUGCGCCGGCUGCGGCAUUCGCAUCGAUCCAGACUACAUCAAGAGGCUGAGGUACUGUCAGUAUCUGGGCCGCUACUUUUGCCAGUGCUGUCAUGAGAACGCGCAGGCCGUUGUGCCAGGAAAGAUCCUCAGGAAGUGGGACUUCAGUAAAAGCUACGUCAGCAACUUUUCCAGGGACUUGCUGGCCAAGAUCGCAGGAGAUCCACUCUUCAACCUGAACGACAUCAACAGUGGCCUGUACAAGAAAGUCAAAGCCCUGGAAACAGUGCGCGCAUUGAGGGAGCAGUUGAACCACAUGAAGAAUCUCUUAAGAACGUGCCGUUUGGCUCAAGAGGUUCUGGAUCAGUUCGACACUCUUCCUGGACAUCUGACCGAAGACUUUCACCUGUUCUCUCUCAACGACCUCACGGCUGUCCGCAGCGGCGGUCUGGGGCCAAAGCUGCGAGAUCUGCUGCGCCUCGGCUCCAGCCACGUCACGGACUGCGUGCUCUGCCAGGCCAAGGGCUUCAUUUGUGAGUUCUGUGGAAAUGACAAGGACAUUAUCUUCCCCUACGAGCUCAGCAAGUGCCUGCGCUGUGAAGAUUGCCAUGCAUGCUAUCAUAAGACCUGCUUUAAGGGAGGGAAGCAGUGUCCCCGCUGUCUGAGACUCGCCGAGAGGAGAGAGCGGAUGGCUCGCAAGAACAUGGAGGAGCAGGAGGACAGAGAGGAGGACGAGGCCAGCGGGACCUAACACACAAUGCCAGUAAGAUUUCACCAGAGCACAGCGCAGCAGUGAAUGUAGUGACUGAUAUUCAGCCAAACGUUUCUUGAUUCCCGUCCAAAAUAAGCUGCUCUAAAAGUCCUGCUGACUGUAGCACAAUGGAUCAUUAAUGCUAAAGAGUUUUGUGCAAACAAGACGUUUCUGCUUUUUAAGGACUGCCGCCUUCAGACACAAAAUCGUAUUGUUUUUUUACUAUGUGCCGUGUUUUGUUUGUUUGUUGCCUCUAUCCUUAAAAAUCCAAUUUAUUUUUAAUCAACAGGCUGUUGAGUCCUGUCGUAAGCUUUUAUGUGUAGGGAUUUAUGUGUAAUGUUAUUGUCUAUCUGCUUUUUGUUGGUUAUAUUUAAGCGUAUAACCUGUUGUAUGCCUCUUUGUUUUGCACAAUCUGUUUCUCCAGAGGUUUCUAGAAGUGCCAGGUCCAAGCUUACUGUGUUAAAGAUCAAAGCUACUGAAACAAAAGGCCUCAUUCGUGAAAUGUGAGCCAAAUUAAUUUAAUAAUUUGUAAAUAAAUAAUAUUAAUUUAAUGCAACAAUGUACCUUAAGUAAACUACGAAUUUCAAGUAAAACAAAUUUUUAUGCAAAUGUCUGUUAACGAUUGAAGCGUAAAUCGGCAUAUUGAACUGAAUGCAACCAUUUAUGUAAGAAUUAUUUUUUGCACCAUUUUGUAUUUAGAAAUUCUAUUUGCUUUUUCGUAAAACCAUUUUAGACUGAAAUUUGCUCUGGUUAUUCCAAAAACAAUUUAUUCAUAAUUGCGUAAAUACGCAUAUGCGUAGUAUGCAUAAAUUGUUUUGGUUUUGUGAACAUUUUAACCAGAAAUAUAAAUAAAACCAAUUUGUAAAACCAUUCUUGUGGAAGUUACUACAAAGUUCAAGUUUCACAAAUGAGGCCCAAUACUGGUCUUUAAUUGUAAAUUUGAAGGCCUUUUUGCUUUAACAUUUUGCACCUACCAAAAAAUGGCACUUUGUAUGUUUUCUGUCCCUUGUUAGACAAAAAAUGUCUUGUUGGUUCUUUAAUUUGCACUAGUUUGAUGUUUGUUUGAAUGAGAAUUGUAUUAAUGUUUGAGCCAGAACAUCAUUCCAACAUCUCACAUUCAGUCCAAAAUCUUGCACAGUGGCCCAUACUCAUCCAAUGAAGCUACUCAUCGAAAAAGAAAGUUGUACCAAAGUGUAAGUUGAUUAAAAGAGUUUAUUACAUUGGAAAGUUGUAUUACAUCAUACAUACUGGACCUAAGUUAGUUUGAGUAGUAUUUAAAAGAAAAUAUAUUCAAUUUGUUUGCUGCUGUGAGUAUAUCUGAAGCAAUAACGACCAUGUGCUACUCUGCCACAAGCAUUAAAUGACUUAAAUGCACUGACCUUAAUUAUAUGAGAUUGAACGAAUGAACAAACUUGCUAUUGUGUGGUUGAUUAUGGGAUCUAAUAUUAAGUUUGUAAUGUUUCAUUUGAUCCUGCUGACGAUGUGUCCACUUGAGCUUAUUGUUGUAAAAUUACUGAGUUGCCUUUUUUUAUUCAGGGGCUUUUGAUGCACUAUUUGAGAUGUACAUAUAUAAUUUCUUAUGUAAAUAUAUGUAACUGACAAUUAAAGAUGUUUAGACUA